AUGGCCUCUCAGCAGGUGAUCACAGUGCAGCCGCAGUUCACUGUCACCCCCCAGGUGGGCGAGUGGCAGUCGGGGCUGAUGGACUGCUGCUCCGACUGCAGUGUCUGUCUGUGUGGGAUGUGCUGCUACCUCUGCCUGGGCUGCCAGGUGGCAGGGGACAUGGGGGAGUGCUGCCUGUGUGGCGCCAGCGUGCCCAUGAGGACUCUGUACCGCACCAAAUACAGGAUCCCGGGAUCCAUCCUGAGGGACGUCCUCACCGUGGGCUGCUGCCCCAUGUGCUCCCUCUGCCAGCUGAAGAGAGACAUCAAACGCAGGAAGGAGCUUGGCAUCUUCUGGUGA